AGUGCUAUAAAAAAAAUGGGAUAUAAAAGUGUGCAGUUGAUUGUCGGGUGGCUUGCGUUUCCGCAUAACUCGUAGUAUACAACACUGCUCACUCUGCAGGACAGAUUCCGUUUCUGUGUCUGUCCGUGGAUUCUUCCUAGAUCCACCAUCAUACCCUGUUUUUGGAGCUUUGUAAUGGACACAUCCCAGGCGUAUCCAACCGUCCCGCGGGAUUAUGUCUGUUCCUUUGCACCGGGAGACGUUAUCUUGUCUGACGAUCCGUGGCUCUGGUCUUUCGAGAGGACCGAAUACCGCAAAUUGUGCGCCUUCUGCUUCCAAGGCGAGAAGGAACUUCAGACAUGUUGGGCUGCCGAUUACAUCGCUAUUGCGGUGCUCAGUGUCAGACUACAGACUGGAAGAAGGAACACAAAAAGGAGUGUGCCAUGCUGAAACCAGUUGCCCAAACAAUCGUGGCGGUUUCUCGCGUCAAUUCCUACUGCAAUAAGAGUGAUCCUGUACUGCCAUGUUAUCUGUAAAUUCUGAUAGCAAAGCUGGCGGAAAAGGCAAGCGGGGUGUACUGGACGACAUCACCGGAUUGGGGAAGAAAUCUGCUCAAAAUAUCUUGAAAUUGCUCCCUGCCGAUGAGCACCUUAAGCAAGUGGAUCCAUUGCUGAAGAGACCGGUCAUCAUGUGUCCGGUUUUGCGCCGCAUUGCUUCUUCACUGGAUGUAUCUGUAGCGGCUUUUGUUGACUAUCUUAAAGUUCUGCGUUACCAUAUGCUUCCCAUACCAAACACCCGCACUAAGCAAAUCCUGGUCGGAGCGGCACUAUUCCCCAGCAUACCGCACCGAGCUAUGAAGCCAGUCUGCUGGGACAUCAACGUUACCUUUGAUUACACAGGACGGCGACUGUUUGUGCGCGCAACGGAAGACAUUGCAAUGUAUACUGGCCUAUCUGAUCUGCGAUACUGUGAACUCAUGCAGAAUCAGUACCAAACGGUUGCUCCGCGCCGGCGUCAGUUGUUUCGAAAUGUGUACGGAUAUUUGUGCAUUUGCCGCAAAUGCACGCCAGAAUACGAAGCCGAGCUUAAUCCGCUAAAGUGUUCGACGAUGGGCUGCACGGAACGCAUUCCCAGCGAUGAUAGAGCAUGUUCUCCCUGUCCCCAAUGCGGCGCUGUCAACUAUGAUCGCCGGAAUAAGCUGAUGGUCUUUUUGGAAAAGUGCGCGGCUAGGUUUCCUAAUCAGAUACAAUAUUUCCUGACGAUGACAGCGCUGUUUGAUGAACUGGAAGCUGCCGACCUUGUGCAUCCUGACGCGCAUGUCCGUUUCGUUUGUGGACUUGGCAAAGUUGCGAUCUACAACGAACAACACCGAUUUAAAGAUGCCUGGAAGUUGGCCCAAGAACUUAUGGUUUGUGUGCGAAAUAUAUGCCCAAAGUACCAUGUGAAUCGCGCAACGUUUUUGGCUGAUGCUGUGGGAUGUCCCUUAAGAUGUACAGAAGUCAUCAUGGGAAAGCAGGUGGAUUUCUUGACUCCCGCCGAAAAAAUCCGCCUGGUUAUCUUGUUCGAGGCAAUGUUUCCAUCCACGCGGGAAGUGUGGCGCGGCUACUGCGAAGAGGCUAUGGAUACCUUUACCAAGCUGUCCGGCCCGGAUUGUUAUCAAGCUGUACGUUCGCGGGCCUUUCUUGCGACCAUGGACGUUCAACAGGAAGAAUAGCGCUUUUACGGAGGCUA